UAUUAAUAUGCCAUAGCACGAAUUUACUGUUGUAUGUUGGCAUGCUUUCGACAAUAACCUCCUUCAAAACAAGGGCUUUCUUGAAUACAUACAUGGUGAUAUCGAGUUUUGUUCUUCUCCCCACAAACCCAAUAAUCUCUAGUUCUACAAGCACCUAAGGGGUUAUCCAUCUGGCUUGGUAGGCUGGAUUCUUGUAUAUAGUUGAACCAGAACAAUAUAUCUGCAAUAUGCGAGAAGACUCAUCAACAUUUAGAAAAUGCACAUGAAACAAUCGAUUAUAGAGAUUUAACUUCAUGCAUUGGGGUUAAGUACAAAUAAAUCAUCAAUUUUUAUUAAAGAAGUUCCACAUUUGAUGUAAUUAUCGAGUACGGAGUGGAAAUUUAUUAUGUUAACCUUACUUUUUUGUUGAUUUAUUAACGAUUUUACCAAUAAAAAACAAAAACAAAAAAAAAAACCUUACCCUGCAUACUUACAUUCCUGACUCUUCUUCCUUCCACUCUCCAUUGCCCAUUGCAGUAACAAUUCAACUACACUCUCCCUUCCUCUCUCAAUGGCUUCCGACGCCGCCAAACAAUGCCGACCACCACCAUCGGCGGCGCCACCGCGAACCCUAGACGUCCGCAAGUACGCCGAUUCACGCGCCACUGAAUUAGAAUCCCUCCACUCAAUCGUCUCCAAUCGCCUCAACAACGACUUCCGUUCUCAGCGUAACAAGCGCCGCCGUACCACCGGAUUCGACUCCAAGCGCCGCCGAAGACCCCGUAAUUCCGGCAAUGCGGUCAAAGAUUUUGAAAAGGAGGAGAAUGAAAAGGAGAAGGGGAAGAAGUUGCCGCGAAGAGUUCGUAGGAGGAUUGAGUUGACGAAGAAGAAUCUAGAAGUAGGGUUUAGUGCAUCAGGAGAUGGGACUAAGAGGUUGAGAACUCAUGUUUGGCAUGCUAAGCGGUUUACGAUGGACAAGUUUUGGGGAUUUUAUCUUCCCGUCGGAUUGCAUGGAAGUGGAAAGGGAUCGAGAGCUCUUUUAAAGUGGUACAAACAAGGGUCUGUUGUGCAUGAUGCAAGCUACUACAGUGCUGUUCAGUUGGAGGGUUCAGAGGAAGCAUUGUCAUCGAUUCUAAGCAUGUUAUUGGUUCCCUCCAUGAUUGAUCAUCCUGAAGACAUUUGCCAACGCUUACUUUCUGGGAAAAUAUAUGGACGUGCGAUGCUUCACCAUGCCAGGCAGGAUGGUUUUGAUGCCAUUUGCCCUGUGACUUAUAUGUGGCGGCCAUUGCAUCAGCAUAACAAUGUUGGCACAAAGGAUAAGGGAGCUGAUGAGAAUAUGGAAACUGAAUCAAGCUCUCAAUUACCUCAGCUUUGGAUAUGGAUGCAUCCCUCAGCUUUUCGUGAAGGACUUGAUUGUCUAAAACUUGCUUGUCAAAAUAUGACAAAUGAAACAGGCAUUAUGAUUGGUUGUGUGUCCCUUGAUGGGCAACUUGCAAAUUUAGAAGUCAUGGGAUCUCGAGCAUUCCAACUUCUUCAAAAAAUAUUGCAUCCUAUUGCUCUUUCGGUGGAAGAUUCUGUUGAGUUAAACACUGGUUCAGCAACAGCUUAUACAAAUGGAUGUGAAAUUAAGCCUAAGAACAACCUUGAAAAUGAAGAUUGCUUUUCUUCUGGUGCAGCAGUGUUACUUACUGUUGUUGAUCCACGUUCCUCAUGUCACAAAAAGUCUUUGGCCGCUCCAGCUGCAAAUUUAGCCAAUGAUCAAUGUGGCUCAAUGGAAGAUAAAAGUGAAGAAAACUAUGCAGGAAACUUGCUAACGAAGGAAGAGGUACUUUCUACCCUGCAGUCAAAAUAUGACAGCAAUGCCUCUUUAUCUAACUGCAAGGACUUGUGGGAUGCCAGCAAUGGGAUUCAUCCACCUGUGGAAGAGCAUAAACUCUGUUUGGAGAAGCAUCAAAAGUCUUUGGAUUUCUUUCGCCUGAAGGAUACAUCUUCAACAAAAUUUGCUUCUGUUGACGGUCACUUCUCAAGAUUCUGUCCAAUUCUGUUACUGAGAAAUGCUGACGAGGCAGACCGCCUUACUGGAUGGUCUAUUAUACUCCCUAUUAGUUGGGUUAAGGCUUUCUGGAUUCCUCUGAUUUCUGGUGGAGCUCAUGCCAUUGGCUUGAGAGAGAAGCAUUGGAUUGCUUGUGAUGUUGGCUUGCCUUAUUUUCCGUCAGAUUUUCCUGAUUGCAAUGCAUAUUCUCGUUCAAUGGAAAUAAAGGCCUCAGCAGUUGACAAAACUUUGGAAAAUUGUCCAUCUGCUACAAGACCUUUUGAAAUUCCUAUACAACUUCCUUGGAACAGCAAAUGGUUUUCUUUCAGCAGAGGAGCUGGAGAGGGUAACGAAAUGGAUUUUUCUAGCAAUUUAACAUGUUCAGCAGAUCUAGUAGGCAAGCUUAGUGAUACUUUGCUUGUCAGUAACAGUGUUUAUUCUGAAGUAUUAGUAGCUAGGACUUCCAGAAUGCUGACUUCUUUCUUGAAAGAAAUAUCUAGUGAUAAUUUGCUGUUGUUCCCUAAGGGGCUAGAUAGACCGACUUUAUCACAUUUAAUGAUGAAAGAAGCCAAGAUCAGUGCCUCAAACCUGGCCACCUUGACGUGUGACAGAAGAUUGUGUUAUGUCCGAGUUGUCUUACAUGCUUUCAAGGAAGGCGUUUUUGACGAGGGAGCAGUUGUUUGUGCUCCUUGUUUAUCAGAUAUAACAUUAUUGAAGUCCAGGCCAGAAGAUAACGAGGGCCUCCAAGUGCCUCAUGCUUUUGUUGGCUCAUACGUCAAAAAAUUACCUUCCGGCAAGUGGGAUUUCCAUAUGCCCAUGGACCCUGCUGCUAGGGAAGCUUAUAGGCCACCAGUAGGCUUUGUUACCUCCGGAUUUGUUCGAGGAAGCAAGAAACCAGGAGCUGUGGCUUUUUGUGAAGCUGUGCUACUUGCUCAUCUUAGAUUUGAACAGUGGAGUUGGAUGCCUUCAAAAAAGAGGAGGAAGGAGGUAUUUGUCUUGGUCAGAAAUUUGAGAUCUACAGCAUAUAGGCUUGCUCUUGCUACCAUUGUAUUGGAAAGACAAGAAGAAGACGUGGAAUCCCUAUGAUUUUUGCCUUCAUGCUUUAAUUCUGGUGCAACUUUCAACUGUGCAACGAGUUCCAGGCUCUCAGCUUUGGAAUUUAAGUUGUGCUACUGGAUUUCAAUUGUGAAUGAAAAUAUUUUUUCUUCUCAUUUUCACAAAUUUCUUUCAAGUGAGAUGAUCGAGAUAUACACAGACUAGAGGGAAGUGAGAUCGAACCAAUCACUCAAUUAGAAAGUCUUCAAUUUUUUGGAACAAAGGCAAUGUAACAUAUUUUUUGAAAGCAAUGUAAUGUAAUCAAGCAAAUGAUGUUGCAAUCAUU